AUGUAUUUGGAUAAGGCAUUCAAUGUCAAGGAGAUCGUACAGCACUUUGCAUGUAUGUAUCCUGGGUGUAUGAAGCCACUGUUGACCUCCACUACACCAUGCAAAUGCAGUGGUAUGUUCUGUGAUGUUCACGCUCACCCACUCCGACAUCCUUGCCGUGAUACGGAGCUUCGUUUGAAAGGUGCCAUGACUUUGCCAGAGGCAAAUCUCUUUGUACGUUUAGUAUGCAACAAAAACGGCUUCCAGCGACGAGGUACGUCAUGA